CCGGGGCAGCGGCGGGGUCGGGGUGGUGCGGUGGUGCGGCGGUAGGGACAAGACCAGGGCAGGAGGGAACCGAUCGGCCGGGAGAGCCCCACACACCCAGCAAGAUGCUGUCCUGGCGCCUGCAGACGGGCCCGGAGAAGGCCGAGCUGCAGGAGCUCAACGCCCGGCUCUACGACUACGUGUGCCGGGUGCGGGAGCUGGAGCGUGAGAAUCUGCUCCUGGAGGAGGAGCUGCGCGGCCGGCGCGGGCAGGAGGGUCUGUGGGCCGAGGAGCAGGCCCGCUUCGCCGAGGAGGCGCGCAGCUUGCGGCAGCAGCUGGACGAGCUGAGCUGGGCCACGGCUCUGGCCGAGGGCGAGCGCGACGCGCUGCGGCGGGAGCUGCGGGAGCUGCAGCAGCUGGGCGCGGAAGAGCGCGCCGCCCGCGGCCGGCUGGACGCCGAGCUGGGCGCGGAGCGGCGCGAGCUGCAGGAAGCUCUAGGCGCGCACGCCGCCCUCGAGGCGCUGCUGGGCCGGCUACAGGCGGAGCGCCAUGGCCUCGAGGAGGCCCACGAGCGCGACGUGCGGGAGCUGCGCGCGCGCGCCGCCGGCCCGACCCUGCACUACCGCGCCCGGGCCGCCGGCCUCGCCGCGCCCCCGCCGCGCCUGCGGGAGGUGCAUGACGGCUACGCGCUGCUGGUGGCCGAGUCGUGGCGGGAGACCGUGCAGCUAUACGAGGACGAGGUGUGCCAGCUGGAGGAGGCGCUGCGGCGGGGCCAGGAGAGCCGGCUCGAGGCCGAGGAGGAGUCGCGGCUGUGCGCGCAGGAGGCGGAGGCCCUGCGGCGUGAGGCGAUCGAGCUGGAGCAGCUGCGCGCGCGGCUGGAGGACGAGCUGUUGCGGAUGCGCGAGGAGUACGCGCUGCAGGCCGAGGAGCGGCAGCGAGUGAUUGACUGCCUGGAGGAUGAGAAGGCGGCCCUCACCUUGGCCAUGGCUGACCGGCUGCGGGACUAUCAGGAGCUUGUGCAGGUGAAGACUGGCCUCAGCCUGGAAGUGGCAACCUAUCGGGCCUUACUGGAAGGAGAAAGUAACCCGGAGAUACUGAUCUGGACUGAGUACAUUGAGAACAUGCCACAAGAGCUCAGAAACAUAUCCUGUCAAUAUACCGACUCAGUAUUACAGAGGAAAAAUGAAAGAAAUCUAUUUCUGAGGCAGAAAGCACCUUUGGCGAGUGUAAAUCACAGCUCGGCACUGUACUCUAACCUGUCGGGGCACCUUGGGUCUCGGAGACCCACGUCUACCGGAAGUGCUACUGCGAGAGGCUUCCUGGGCUCAGGAUAUUCUUCCUUGGCCACAACCCAGCAGGAAAACUCUUACGAAAAAACUGUCAGCAGGGAAGCCAGUUUCAGAACUUUCUCUCCAACUUAUGGCUUUUCAAGAAAUACUGAAGCUCAAGUGAAAACAUUCCCCGAUAGACCAAAUACUGAAGGUACAAGGGGUGUACCCACUUAUUUAGCCAAAGAUUCCACAGUUGCCCACGGGUCAUCCCGAGAACGCCGCGACAAUGUGGUGGCAGGUGCUUCUGAGAGCACUUGGUCAGAUGAGAGGACUGUCAUUGUGGAAAAGAAAACAGAAGCAAAAGCCACAAGAGAGCAAGAAAGAAACAGGACAGGAACCAUCAGAACGAAGCACGAAGAGAAAAUGUUCGAUUCUAAAGAGAAGGCUUCAGAGGAAAGAAACUUGCGGUGGGAGGAGCUGACAAAGUUGGACAAGGAAGCGAGAGCGAGAGAAAGCCAGCAGAUGAGGGACAAGGCCAAAGGGACGGAGUCGGCGAAGGAGGAAAGUGUAAGAGAAAGGGACAUACCAAUUAGUCUAGAACUAUCCCAGGACAGCAGAGCGGAGGUGACCCCAAAAGGUUCACAGACGCCCGCUGGGAAGGAUGCUGGUGGGGGUGCGGGGGGAGAGGCGGGAACAAGAGAGGCGGGGUUCAGGCUGAGCGCCAGUGACACGGCCAGCUCUCUACAGGGCGAUUCCAUGACAGAAACCAUAGCAGAAAACAUUGUCACCAGCAUCCUUAAGCAGUUUACCGAGUCUCCUGAUAUGGAAGCAUCUCCUAAUUCUUUUCCUGACACAAAAGUCACUUACGUGGACAGGAAGGAGCUUCCUGGUGACAGGAAAACAAAGACUGAAAUCGUCGUGGAGUCCAAGCUGACAGAAGAUGUCGACAUUUCAGGUGAAGCUGGCCUGGACUACCUUUUAAGCAAGGAUGUUAAGGAGGUGGGGCUGAAGGGAAGGCCGGCGGAGCAGGUGACAGGAGAUGUCAUCAACCUGGGGCUGAAAGGAAAGGAGGGGAGGGCCAGGGUUGUCAACGUGGAGAUCGUCGAGGAGCCCGUGAGCUACGUGGGUGGUGAGAAGUCAGAGGAGCUGCCGACCCCAUUCGAAGUGGAGGAGGUUGACGACGUGUCUCCCGGCCCCAAGGGGCUCGUUGAGGAGGAGGAAAGUUACGGGGAGACCGAUGUCACAUUCUCUGUUCAUCAACAUGAGAGGACCGAGCAGCCCCGGGAGAACAUAGCUCACGUUGAAGAGGUGACAGAAGCAGGUGACUCGGAGGGAGAGCAGAGUUAUUUUGUGUCGACCCCAGAUGAGCACCCUGGGGGGCAUGAUGGGGACGAGGGCUCAGUGUACGGGCAGGUCCACAUUGAGGAAGAGUCCACCAUCAGGUACUCUUGGCAAGAUGAAAUCGUGCAGGGGACUUGGAGAAGAAGAAAGAGGGAUGAUGCACUGGGAGAGCAGGUUGUGAAGCCCCUGGAUGUUCCAGAACCCUCUCUGGAAGGGGACGUGGGUCCCACGCACUGGAUAGAACAAGUUAGCAGUGGUGAAUUUCAUGCUGAACCCACAGUCAUUGAAAAAGAAAUUAAAAUACCGCAUGAGUUGCACACCUCCAUUAAGGACGUCUUCUCCAAGGAGCCCCGGCACCAGCUGGUGGAGGUGAUCGGGCAGCUGGAGGAAACCCUUCCCGAGGGCGUGAAGGAGGAGCUGGCCGCCCUCACCAGGGAUGGGGAGGAUGAACCCGGCAGUGUUUCUGUCGACGUCAAGAAAGUCCAGACCCCGGGUGGUGAUUCUGUCACCUUAGUCGCUGAGGUCAACCUCUCGCAAACUGUGGAUGCUGACCAGUUAGACCUGGAGGAGCUGAGCAGAGAUGAAGCCAGUGAGAUUGAGAAGGCCGUGGAGUCCGUGGUGCGGGAUGGUUUGACCAAGCGUCAGGGCCAAGCAUCUGGAAGCCCAGACGGGGAAGAUGGAGCCGAGGCCCUGGCCACCGGUAGUCGCUUCAAGCGCUGGGCCACCAGGGAACUGUACAGCCCCUCUGGUGAAGGGGACGACACCAGCCAGGUCUCCUGCAGCACGGAACAGCUCACUUCCCAGGGCCCUGUGUCGGCCACCGUGGAAGUCAGCAGCCCAGGGGGCUUCGUCCAGUCGCAUGUGCUGGAGGACAUGAGCCAGUCUGUAAGGCACAUUAGACUAGGCCCCACUGAAAUCUGGAGGACUGAGCAAGUCUCCUACGAAGGACCCACUGCAGAGGUGGUGGAGGUAAGUGGGGAAGGCAACCUAAGUCAGGCAGUGAGCCCGGUCGGAGCCAGCUGGUCUGUGCGGCACGUUACGCUGGGUGCUAAUCAAAGUCAAGUGUCCCAAGAAGUCGUCUUCAGAGGCCCUGCCCCUGCAUGUCUGGAGGCAAGGGACACAGAAGAGCCUGGCCCGGCAGAGCUUUCCACAGAUACUGACAGAAGGGGGAGGCCCAGCACAUUUGGCUCCAAGCAGUUUCAUGCUGAAAAGGAAAUUAUAUUUCGGGGUCCCCUUUCUGGGGCAGGGAAUGGUGGUGAUAAUUUUGCAACAGAAAAGUCCCUGGGUACCCAGACUUCUGUAAGGCAUCUUCAGUUAGGUCCUAAGGAAGGGUUCAGUGAGCAAAUCCACUUCACAGCCCCCCUUUCAGAUGAACUGGAGUGGGGUGUCAGCGGAGAUUCUCUUCACACUGAAGAGUCACCAGGGAGCAGCACAUCUGUCAGGCACAUCAGCAUCGGGCCUCGGAGACAUGAAACCCCUGAGCAGAUAGUUUACCAUGUGCCAGUUCCUCAGCCUGUGGAGGGUAGCGACUCAGAAAGCGUUGUCCACACACAGGGCUCAGCAGAUGUGAUGCAGGCCGCUCGUAGUUAUGCCGUGGGUGGAAGAGUCCUCAUGACUGAAAAGAGCACCUUCCAAAGGGUCUAUUCUGAAUCUCCUCAGGAGGAUAGUGAAGGGGACACGCUGGGUGCAGAAGGAACACCAGGCAUUAGCAGAUCCCUUAGGCACAUUCAGCUAGGUCCCACAGAAACCAGAACCUCUGAGCACAGUGUUAUCUGUGGACCCGUGUCCAAAACGUUUGUGCUUGCUGCUUCAGCAGACUCCCCUGAGCUAGGAGGGUCAGUGGACAGCAGCAGAGUGCCAAGGCACAUUGCCCUGGGGCCCAAAGAAACUUCGUUUACCUUUCAGAUGGACGUGAGUAACAUAGAGGCGAUCCCCAGCUGGACACCAGAGGCAGGGACAGAGGCAGAAGCUCGCAGGGCCUCUGACCGUGGUGCCUGGAGAGAUGCUGACAGUAGGAAUGACCAGGCAGCUGGCGUGAGCUUUCAGGCCUCUGCUGGGGACGGACACCAGGCCCCUGGAGAAAAGGGCAUGCAGCAGGCCGACUUCGAUAAGACGGUGCAGCUGCAGAGGAUGGUAGACCAAAGGUCGGUGAUUUCUGAUGAGAAGAAAGUGGCCCUCCUGUACCUAGACAAGGAGGAGGAGGAGAGUGAUGGGCAUUGGUUUUGAUAAGCAGAUACAUUUUGUCUUAAAUGGCAUCUUGUUCAGUAACAUGCCAACAUACAAAGGCGUGCACUUAUUUCAAGGGGUGUGGGGAGGCUCACCAUUAAACCUCCCCUUUUAUGCUUUCUUUAAAGAGUACUCCAGGCAGUGUCAAUUUACUAUAAUCUGUAAAGGUUUCAAAUUAAUUCAUGCCUUAAAAGGCACUGGAAUUUUAUUUUUGAGUGGGAUCUUUUACAAAACACUUCUUUUUAGUCUUAAAGUUCCUUUUUCUGGAGUUUUCUCCUCACUUCUGGAGGUGAUUUCUACCAGUUUUGCACCUGUUCAUGGACGUGGCUUGUGUUUGUUUGAAACUAUAAUUAGUUAUCUAUAGGUGAGGUGCCUAAACAUUAACCAGAUGAAAGUAGUAUAUUUAAGAGUAGAUUUUGUUUGCAUGUGCUAAUAUGAAUUAAUAAACUAACAUGUUUAGGAAAAAAUAAAUAUUUUUCUCUUUCUAAAGUCUUUUCAAAAAGAAACCAUAGGAAAUAAGAAGACUGCUUAUGUUAAAAAAAAAAUCUGCUCAAUGAUUUCAUCUUUAGUACAAAGUUACUUACAGAGUUAAAUUCAAUUUAAGACGAAUGAAUUGCUUUCUGUGUGCAAACCUUUUAAAAAUAUAGUACUUUAUGGAGAGGACAGUUGUAGUCCAUUGCAGUAUUUCAAAUUAACAUACUUGCUGUGUUUGCACACGUUCCCUGCCCUGGAUCCACGGGUAGGGGAAAUGAUUAUUGGGAAUUGCUUACAGUACUGUUUUUUUUUUUUUUUUUUUUUUUUUUUUUUGCGGCACUAAGUCGUUGAGUAGCGCCCAAUCUGAAUAUUCUUUUUUGUUAUAACUUAAGUUCUGGAGUAGCUGGCUCCUAUCUGAGUAUAUAUACUUAAGCUCUUCUGCACCUUAGCCCUUAGCACCAAAACAUUUCAUUUCACUGGUGGGAGGUAGACCCUGAAGACAAUGAAGAGAGUGCUGAUGCUCAGACUCCAGCUGGACCGGCAAGUUGGUCAUGCCCAGGAAAGUGGGAAACACAAGGUGGACUGUGCCUCCCAAAGAAGCUGUUCUCAACCCACUCACGUGGUGGUAGGCUUUCUGAGCUCAAAGAAUGAAAGAUGAAAGUGACAACUACACGCCAAACUCACGGAUUUAUGCACUUUCAACAAAAACCAUACAGUGGGGUGUUUUGUCCGGGGAAACGAAUAAUACAACACAGUAAGUAGAGUAAGAUGGGAAGGAACAGAGUGCCUCCCCCGCAGCCCUGCACUGAGGCCCCCAGGACGGGCCCUGCAGGAUGACAAAGGCCCCACAGAGUGUGGACCUGCAGAUGUACAACACCUAGUUUAAGAUAUUAGGAUGAGUGCGUUCUGUUGAAUCCACUUUAUUUUACAAAAGCGUCUUGUUUUUAAAGCUUCCAUCUUUAAAGGUGGUGUAGCAUCACAUCAAGAUUGUAUCUCUAGCAGCACAGCGUUAUUUUAGUCCAGACUAGUUUCCUUCACAUUGUGUCUGAACUGUCCUUCCUGUAACGUGGUGUCACAGAACUGACUGUAGCACACUGAGGAAUGAGGAUUCGAGGUCAUGCUAUCCUUAGGGAGGUUAUGAUGUUGGGGCAGGAGUACGGCAUUGGAGGGCCUUCCCUCUGGGUUUCACAUAGUGGCCCUCAGACUCCCAAGGUGCAUGGCUCUUGGUCCUGGUAAUGGCUACAGCAGGUAGAUUAGGGAGAGUGAGUUUUCUUAGUUGAUAAGUGGAGGAGAAAUGCAGCAUAGCUUUCAAGAUGAUCUGUUUUAAAAACACUGUGAAUCAGGGUCUAAAGAAAAAGUUGAUUUGAAUUGCAGGUUUAAACCUUUGCUGUUCAUCUGCCAAAUGAACUAGUGAUUGUUAGACUGCAGGUGACUGCCAAGACUUGUCAUUUCUAAAACAGUCAAAGAUGUUCUGAUCUUACUUUAGCUGUAAUUUGUAAUGGUAUUCAUAUAAGUGAUUUAUUGGUCAAGCUGACAGCCUCCUCUUUGAUGGCAAGACAGACUGACGAUGAGGAGUCUGUUAGUCUAAGUGGCUUACUUUGAUGUCACUAUCCUAGCUCGUGACCUUGUAAAUGGAUGCUGAUGUGAACAGAUUAUUAGUGUCCCACUUCUAUUUACUUUUGGAAAAUAAAUGUCUUACAUCUUAAUUAUCAUCUCCAAGUUGUAAUGGAUGUCUUCAAGAAGUAUCUUACUAGAAGUAUUUACCAUGGAAUUGUAAACUGUGGUUGGUUAUUAAGUCUCUGGAUCACCAAGGAGCAGGGUGUGCCCUUGACGUUGGGACAGGUCACCCCAAAGCUCCGUGUUCUUUAAAAACAGUCAGUUUGGAGACAGAGAAAUCAACUUUGUGGUUGGACAGGGGGUGAACACAACCAGUCUUCCUUUUUAUUGUUGUUGAGAUAAAACAAUAUUCAUGUAAUGUUUUUCAACUUCCCAAUGGUUGCUUUGAUAUUAAGUUGUAUAUUUAGAAUGAAAUCAUCAAAGAAGCUGAUUUUGCUAACUUCCUGUUCCCAACAAAGGGAAAUGUCACAAGAAUGUGUAAAAAUAAAAAUCUGAGGGGGAAAAAACCAUAUUGUUCCUAAAGAGAAUGAAUUGUUUUCCAGUAGAUUUUGGUGUGGUUUCUUUUAAACUCUAAUUAAAAGCAUCUGUGUGUUUACAGUCA